UCCGGCUCCGGAGCACCGCCCUCCUCCUCCUCCUCCUCCAGCUGCACAGAGGAGCUGCUGCUGCCUGUCACACUGACCGAGGACCGACCCAAUCCACACGGCCACUCAGGACCAGGAGUGACGGAACACACCGAACGGAAGGAGACACUGGACUCGGGCUGGAGACAUGAGACUGGGCAUGACGGCGCGGGCCAAGCUGAGGGUGUAGCCACAUCUGGCAGCGAGCGUGGAAGCAAGCAGGAGCCCUCAGCACACCGAAGCACCCAUUGCAGCGGGCAAGAUGGGAGAGACGAAGGAGGAGACGGACAAUGUGGGGAAGCAGUUUGAGAACUUUGUUCAGGCCUCGACCUGUAAAGGAACAAUUCAAGCCUUCAACGUCCUCUGCAGACGGCUAGACCUCGACCCUGCAGACAACAGCACCUUCUACAGCAGCCUGAGGGCAAAGGUCACCACCUGGAAGGCUAACGCACUGUGGAGUAAGCUGGACAAGAGGAUGUCCCACAAAGAGUACCAGAAAGGCCAAGCCUGUGUGGGCACCAAGUGCCUUAUCAUCGGAGGAGGUCCCUGUGGCCUGCGGACAGCCAUCGAGCUCGCCUUGAUGGGCGCUAAAGUGGUGGUGAUUGAGAAGAGGGACUCGUUCUCCAGGAACAAUGUGCUGCACCUUUGGCCCUACACCAUCCAUGACCUGCGCGGCCUGGGAGCCAAAAAGUUCUAUGGCAAAUUCUGUGCCGGGGCCAUUGACCACAUCAGCAUUCAGCAGCUGCAGCUGAUGCUCCUGAAAGUUGCGCUCCUCGUCGCUGUGGAGUUUCACGUCAACGUGGAGUUCGUCAAGCUGCUGGAGCCUCCAGAGGACCAGGAAAAAGAAGUGAUUGGAUGGAGGGCUGCAAUACGACCUGCUGAUCACCCUGUGGCCAGCUUUGACUUUGAUGUCGUUGUGGGGGCUGACGGACGCAGGAACACUCUGGAAGGUUUCAAAAGGAAGGAGUUCAGGGGUAAACUGGCCAUCGCCAUUACAGCUAACUUCAUCAACAGGAACACCACAGCAGAGGCCAAAGUCGAGGAGAUCAGUGGCGUGGCUUUCAUCUUCAACCAGAAGUUCUUUCUUGACCUCAAAGAAGAAACGGGUAUCGAUCUGGAGAACAUUGUCUACUACAGGGACAACACGCAUUACUUUGUAAUGACUGCCAAGAAACAGAGUCUGCUGGACAAGGGAGUGCUCAUUAAUGAUUACAUAGACACCCAAAUGCUGCUUAGCAGUGAGAAUGUCAACCAGGAAGCACUUCUGUGCUACGCCCGAGAGGCUGCUGACUUUGGCACCAACUACCAGCUUCCUACCCUGGAUUUUGCCAUGAACCACUGCGGGCAGCCAGACGUGGCGAUGUUUGACUUCACAAGCAUGUACGCCUCAGAGAACGCCGCUCUGGUCAGAGAGCGGUUCGGACACCAGCUGCUGGAGGCGCUGGUUGGCGACAGUCUCGUAGAGCCCUUCUGGCCGAUGGGAACAGGUUGUGCGAGAGGCUUCCUGGCUGCCUUCGACUCAGCGUGGAUGGUAAAGAGCUGGGCUCAGGGUCAGACAGCCCUAGAGGUGCUGGCAGAGAGAGAGAGUAUUUACAGACUACUUCCUCAGACGACACCAGAAAACAUUGCCAAAAACUUUGACCAGUACACCAUCGACCCUGGGACGCGAUACCCCAACCUCAACUCCUCCUGUGUCAGACCCCACCAGGUGCGUCACCUGUACAUCAGUGCAGAGCUGAAUACCUGCUCCCUGGAGCGGGCUGCCACCAUACGACGACCUGUCAAUCUCAGCAGGCGAGAGUCGGAGAUCAGACCAGCAAGGCUUCUUACCUGGUGCCAGAAACAGACCGAGGGCUACAGGAAUGUGACGAUCACAGACCUGACGUCUUCUUGGCAAAGCGGCCUCGCCCUCUGCGCCCUCAUCCACAGGUUCAAACCUCAGCUGAUAGAUUUUGAUUCAUUAAAUGAAGAAGACCAUGCUGCAAACCUCCAGCUUGCUUUCGACAUCAGUGAGCGGGAGUUCGGGAUCUGCUCGUUCACGUCCGUGAAGGAGCUGAGUGCUGGUGAGGAGCUGGAUAAGACCCGGAUGAUCGCAUACCUGUCCAAGUUCUACGAGCUGUUCCGUGGAACACCUCUACCUGCAUCAGGGUCCAGAGCAGUAGAUGAAAACAAUGAAGAAUAUCCAUCUAAAGAAGUCAGAAGUAAAAAUAAUGUCCUCAAUAUGGCAGCUCCUAGGAAACGGGUUCCAAAGGAUGAAAAGAGGUCAGACGGAACAGACCCCACUUACAAAAGGAGGCGAAAGUUCUGUUAUUUCGAGGAGGCCACCAAUCUGUCCAGUAAUGGCUCCUCAGUGCGAGAGGGGCAGGAACCUAGGGAAAAUAAAGUGCGCUCCAUUUCUACUCAGUUGCUCGCCAAAUUUGAAAACAAACCCAGCCACGCAGUCCGCAGAACACAGUUUGAUUGUGAGACGUCUUCCUCACUGCAAACUCUCGACCUGACUGACCUAAAACUCAGACCUGUGGUUCCACCCAAACCUUCUCCUGAGACACAGGUAGACAGGAGACGACGUCUAAGACGCCCCAACGGUCCUCAAUGUAGUUUUGAAUUUAGUGUCAGAAGAGCUGCAGAGCAGUUAGUCCGCCUGCCGACAAAGACUCUGCCCGAACCUCAGCUCCAGCCCCAGCAUCCAUUUUCCACAGUGAAGCUCAGACACGUUGAUCAAACACACGCCGAGACGAAGGCCCAGCCUCAGCCUGAGAGCGCAGACCCCCCUGCUUCUUCUUCUUCUUCUUCUUGCCACUCAGCCAUCCAUUUCAUGUCAAGAGUCCUCCAGCGCCUCAGGGAGGUGGAUGAACACGUCUCUGAGAAAAAAGCUCAGACACAACAGACUAGAGAGUUUCACACAAAGAGUAUAAAGGACAAAGCCAUGCAUCUUAGAGGGUUGUUCUCAGGAGACGGUUCUGCUGAACUCAAGAGCUGCUCUGUUCGACGGUCGUUCCCCCAGUCGGGUGACAAGUGUCACUCAUGCGAGCGGCGUGUUUACAUGGUGGAGCGGGUCAGUGCCGAGGGGCUGUUCUUCCACAGGGAGUGUUUUCGCUGUUCCACCUGCAGCUCAGCUCUGCGACAGGGAGCGCACGCCUUCGACUCUGACCAUGGGAAAUUGUACUGCAAACUCCAUUUUGAUCAACGCAACACAGGGACACAUCUACGCAGGAGUUUCUCUCUCCGUUCUAAUCCUACUGGAGUUGGAGUUCCGGAGCGACGUGCCGCUGAAGGAGAGAGCUCUCAGUCCAGCAGCACAGCAGACCUGCCGAGUCGACCCGCAGCAGGUACCUUCAGCUCGUUCAUUAGGAACCGGCUAAGCUGGCCCCUGAGUGUGACUCGCACGGUGUGUAACGCCCCCUGGUAUCUGUCCCGCUGUGUGCGUAGCACGGCACAGGCCCUCGCCGGCCACAUGAGGGCCAACGCCCAGGACUAUACAUUCCUCUUUGAGCUACUGAGCAUGAGUUUGCCCCUGCUGUUUGUUUUACAAGAGGUACUGCUGCAGAUGCACACAGAGGCCAUGCCUUACGGGCCAAGCUCUUUACAGCUUCUACUGCUGUGGCUGCGGGAGCAUGUAGGCACCGGCCUCAUCUAGACACCCAGCGGAGCCCAGCUGUUAAUCCCUAACCCUGAACAUCACCGCCCAUAUAAAUCUGAGGCUAAGCUGCACCUUAGCUGAACUGUUCUAAUCUCGCUGUCAUUUAAAGCCGGACACAAGCACCUUUUUAAUGUUUACUAUUGUUUAAUUUGCUCCCGGUGUGUUGGACGUACUUUGCCAUCAGCCGAAGAAGAGACAACUUUUUGCAGUUUACUACCGGAGGCUGCUGCAGUGUGUCACAUAGCUGGAAGCAGACACAUGUUUGCAGUGUUUAGAUGUGCACUGGUUUAAUUUAGAUGAUCUUCUUUAGAUAAUUAGUAAUCAAAAGGCAAAUCAAAAUGAAACCGGCCCAGUACGUGCCUUAAAGACUUGAGACUGCUGGAAUGUCUGAUCGUCAUUGCUGUAGAAUCUAACCUUUUACAAACUGCCCUGAAAACCAGGCGCCUGCAGUGAAAGUUUUCUGAACUCGGUUUACGACUGACUGACUGACUUGAUGCACUUUAUGUUGGGGAACUGCCUUGUGGACGGAGCAGGAGACGCUCACAGUGGAUAAAAGCCUGGUCUCAUAUUAACGCAGUCAGGUUUUCCUUUGACUACACAUAUGUGCUGCUGCCAUAUGUUUUAUUUUAAUACAGUAUAUAUAUGCAACACGAUUUUUACCUUUACUUUAAUGAACUGUUUGUGUGGAUUUUUUUUCUUUUUUAAUGGAUGACUCUGAAAACCCUCACAAAUGCAUUUGAAACUGGGGACAGAGGAGUUGGUUCUACUUUGCUGCCAUCUACUGUUGACGGAGAAAAUGAGGCAUGAAGGCAAAAAAGACCCCCUCCUUGCCCCCCCCCCCCCCCCCCACCCAUCCCCAACGUAUAACGAGACAAACGUUAUGUUUUAAUUAACAGAUUCAUGAAUUACUUUCAGAUUUACUGUAGACAGUAGAAGAUGGUGAGCCUGCUGUGAUGUGUUUGAAUGUGCUUGCCAUACUUUUUAAAGCAAGUUGUUGGAAGAUCAACUGAGAACCUCUGACUGGAAGCUUCACCGAAGCUUUCUAUGCAUUCACACUAUCUCUUGUCUAAUGAUGCUUGUGAAGCACUUAAGAGUUGCAGAGUGUGUGUUUAACUUAAAUAACCAUUUGAACAUGAUAUUUGCAGAGACUUCAGGCAUUUGUUGUGUUAACAGCAUGAUGUGUUGGAUAUGCAGUAUGUUGCUGGUGGUUUGUUAUCUGCUACCUAGUGUUCUGUGUCGAUUUGACUGAAUCUGCCGGAAAACUGAGAUACAUUGAUUUGUGCAGUGCAGUGCAGGUGGACAACUUCAGUGUUUUGAAAUACCAAAGAACUGUGUUUAUACACACUCGACGUGUUUACAUGGAUACCAGUGUUCCGUUAGCAACCAGAUUAAGACAUAAGUCGGAAUAAGACGCCGCCGUGUAAACAACAUUAAACCGGAAUAAGCAAUGAUCUAAUUAAGACAUGCAAUAUUCCAACCUUACACAAACAUGUAAUGUUUGUGUAAUGUUUUCAGUGUUUUGCAACAUCAACAUUCGUCAGUUAACAUCGACUUGACGACACGUGCCCUGGGUUCAAGUGUCGUAAUGGCCUGAGUCACAUUCUGAUUCUCUGCUGUGUAACUUGAAAACAGGAAUACUCUAUUAACAACUCAUGUGAACAUCGUAAUUUAGAUAUUGUAUGUCUUAUUCAGAAUAAGGGAAAUAGUCUGAUUAUUGGUGUCUGUGUAAACAUAGUCAGUGACUUGACUUGUAACAGUUCCACCUCUGUUUAACAAGACCACAGUAUCAUGUACAAUGCUGCCAACAUGCAAAUGUCUUCAUUGUGAAGUUUUGUUGUUUUGUUUUCAUAAACUUUUUUCUACUUUG